GGCGAGUUGAGUCCGGCAUGUUACCAGGUCGCCUCGAAAUAUGCGUCGGGGAGCGUGCGUGAGACCGAGAAUGUGCGCGCAUAGGAUGGCGUCAUACUUGUGCCAAAGGUGACACCCAGUGGAGGACUGUGGAAAUGACAGGAAUGUUCCGGAAGUGUCUGGAGCUCACAGUGCACUGCUUUAAAAGCCCUGACAUUUGACUGCUGGGACACAAACACUCAGAGCUAACUCUGCGCACACUGCAACUUACCAGCAAAGAAGAUCAACACCGAGCCCUCAGUGAACAUGCUGUGCUCCCACGUAUUCCAACCUUCCCUCAGCCACCUGGUGGAUUUCCACUGGCCUGUACGCAGUCUCUGGCCACAGACACAACCUCUCUGCUUUCAGGAGGAGAUGCUGCACAGACACAUGCAGGAGAUGAAGAACAGUCUGGACCUGUUGCACACGCUUCAGCACAGGAUCUUUCAGGAGAUGGACCAAGUCCCAGCCUCUCAGACCAUCCAGCCAGUCUCAUACAAGCAGGAGAAGGAGGGAGAUCACUUUGUCCUCACACUGGACACUAAGGAGUUCACCCCAGGAGACCUGUGUGUCAAGCAGGUGGGAAGGAAGCUACGGGUGUGUGGGAAGACGGAGAAGAAGCAGGAGGAUGGAAAGGGCUCCUACUCCUAUAAAAGGCAGGAGUUCAGACAGGAGUUUGAUCUGCCUGAAGGUGUCAACCCCAAUGCGGUGACAUGCUCCCUGUUGGACGGCCAGCUCCGGAUACAGGCACCAACGGAGGCACUGUCUGAGGGAGCCCAGAGAGCGGAGCCCAUCCACUGCAGCCCCGGUGAGAAGACCCUGCAGAUCCAGAGCUCACAGGCAGAGGGCAGCACAGAAGAGACACAGAAUCACCAGUAGGGGGCACAACUGCCUAAAGACUGCUGAAAUGUGAAACUGCUUUCAAUUUUUUAUGAAAUAGUCCAAAAAAUGUCCCUGUUCAUUCCUUUAAUGUGCAUUUUAUGUUUCUGAUAUUGAAGCUGAUGUAAUCAUUUUAUAUGUCAAUAAAAUCUGAAUUCUAAACCUG